AAAUAUUGGCCCUGGUGGCACGAGGGGACAGAGUGGCGCGCUUCUCUUGAUAUUACAGCUGCUAUUUUAUUUUUGUUUACGUGCCCGAACUCUCAAUGGAUUUUAAACGUGUUUUUCUUCGCCAGUGAGAAGGGCCGAAGACUCUGCUGUUUGUUUGGACUUUUUAUGCGAAUAUUUCCGAGGCGUCUUAUGAUUUUUGGACAAUAUGCUGCUCUCUAAAUUGGGCUCAUUCUCACAUAUCUCGUCCAGCGUUGACCUGCCGGCGAAGCUGCAGCAAGGGAAACAGGAAAAGCAGCCAUUUGAGAAGCUUUACCGACUGGGCUCUGUGCUCGGAAGCGGAGGAUUCGGAACCGUGUAUUCGGGUGUCCGCCUGACCGACGGGUUGCCGGUGGCAGUGAAGCAGGUGUGCAGGGACAGAGUGUCUGAGUGGGGCUCACUGGGUGGCACAGUGGUUCCUCUAGAGAUCGUGCUGUUGAAGAAGGUGGGUGGGACAUUUGGCGGCGUAGUGCAGCUGUUGGAUUGGUGGGAGUGUGGGGACGGAUGGCUGAUGGUGAUGGAGCGUCCCGAGCUGGCCCAGGACCUGUUUGAUUACAUCACCGAGCGCGGUGCGCUGGACGAGGUGGCGGCACGCGGCUUCUUCCAGCAGGUACUGGAGGCAGUGCGUCACUGUUACACCUGUGGCAUUGUCCACCGAGACAUCAAGGAUGAGAACCUGCUGGUGGACCUGAGAACAGGACAGAUCAGACUCAUUGACUUUGGCUCCGGGGCCCUCCUCAAAGACACCACCUACACCAACUUUGAUGGUACGCGGGUGUACAGUCCUCCAGAAUGGAUCCGGUUCCAUCGUUACCAUGGUCGUCCGGCCACGGUCUGGUCCCUCGGUGUACUGCUGUAUGACAUGGUGUGUGGAGACAUCCCCUUUGAACAGGACGAGGAGAUCCUGAGGGGACGGAUCUAUUUCAAACGCAAAAUCUCGACAGAGUGCCAGCAGCUGAUUGGCUGGUGUCUGAGCCAGCAGCCGUGUAAUCGGCCAACCCUGGAGCAGAUCCUCCUCCACCCCUGGGUGACGGGCAGUAAUGGACAGCAGGUGGACAACAGCAGCAUCCAAACCUUCACAUCUGACUCCUCCUCCUCGUCGUUCUCCUUCAGCAAGCAGAGCCUCUGAUUGGCCAGUGUGAGGCUGUCAACAGUCGUGGCAUGGACUUGACUGACACCUGUUCUCUGGUGGUGUUUGAGGUUCCUUGUGUUCGUGCUGUUGCUCCGAGGAUGCGCAUUUCUGGUAAUGGAGCGAGUCCUGGUCAGACUUCAGCAUGACGUUGACUGUGCAGCUCCACGGCGCCUCCUCCUGUUCAGAGACGGAUCCGCUCUUAAGCUCAACCUCUGGGUUGUUGUCUUGUUUUCCUGUUUCGGAGUGCCUUGGGUUUGAAAGCCGCUAUGAGCAGAGAAGUGCAUCAGUAAACAGCAUCCAGAAAAAAACUAACUGUAGAGUAGGAAUCAGGCGGGGGGUCUGGAGGGCUCCUCAGAGGCUCCUUUAGUUGAGUAAAAAAUUCUAAUCCAAAGAAUCCACAUGAACAUGUGGUUAAAUUCCAGUCACAUUUAUUUCCAAUGAAAUACCUUUUUUAAAACUAUAAUCUAUGAGGAAUGUUUACCCAUGACUUUAAAUAAACGAAGGUCUGGACGACUGCAACAAAUUAUUAUUUUACAGUCGAUAAAUCUCUAAUUUACUUGGUUCAGUUAAAAUGUCAGAGUUGUGAAAAAUGCCCACCUUGUUUCUCAGAGUUGAAGGUGAAACCUUGAAAUGUUUCCUGUUUUGUUCAACAGCCAUAAAUCCAAACAUUCACUUGACAAUGAUUUGUGAAAGGCAGAAAAUCAUCAUAUUGUACAAAGUGGAACAAGACUGAGUGGACUUUAGGUUUUGCUUGAAAAAUGGUUAGCAAACAUUUUUGUCUAAUUGCUAAGCAGUCAGUUGCUUAUGUGUUUUGGUCCUAAGCACGUGCUGCAUCUUAAACUAUGAGACUUGAUUCUUAGAAGAACUGUUGGACAUAUUGUGAGUUGACGGUUAGAUAGGAAGAUUGGUAUCACUCGUGUAAGUGACGCUUUUCUAAGCAGCUGAUUAUCUUAGUUUAGAUUAGCUUUAAGACUGGAACAAGUAGAAAUGUUGAGCCUGGCUUUGUCCAGAGGUAACAGAAACCACCACACACCUUCAAUGCACUCUAGUGUUUAAUCCACACAAAGACCAGAGUGUAGAACUGACACUUUUAGCGUUAUUGGCAGUAAUGUGCCAUACUGUUCAUUGGAAAUGUUCCACUAUGUGGCCCAUUUGUAAAACUGUGAAUGGAUAUUUUUACAGUACAGAUUUUGUACAGGAUAAUUAAACACAUGUAACAUGUUAAUCAGUGCCGGUAGGAGGAUUUUGUUACUUUGAGACAUCCGGCUAUGCAGGCAGGCCAUUUUCCUUUUAACCUUUGUGCUGGGCUAACAAUCUGCUUGACAUGAGAGUGUUCUUGUCUUACAUUUCUUGAAUGUUCAGUGAACGUUUCCAGUCCUGAGAAACCACUUGAAAAACAACAUGUUGAGGCCUCUGUCACAGUUCUGAUAUGAAAACAAUAACAUUUUGGUACUUUACACUGGUGCAUGUACAUUUUUCUUUUUCAUGUAACUUUCAUCUUUCAGUGUUUUACUUUUGUCCGGACACAAACGGGUGAGAAUUCCUCUUUAGUGACAUUCAGGCCAUAAUGAACAAAAAUGUGAUUUGAGUCUGAACCUUUACUGUGUUCAGUGCUGCAUCUCUCCUUGAAAAGGAGGAAAGCCUUGUCUUCCUACAGGUGAGGGUUAUUGGUUUUGUUGAGUGCUUUGGAUGGUGAUGUGGAGACGACGUCUGAGUUUCAGAUACCCGAGUUUGUCUCCAUUUGUUUUCAGUGUCUCUCUCUCUCACAGAAAGCUUGUGCUCUCGCUGUAGCCUCAUCUUGAGUUAGUGUCGAGGUGUAAAAUGCACAGUCAAUGCAAAUGUUUGUGUGUGUAUAUAUUUUUUUUUAUUCAGUUUUUAUUUAUUUAGUAAUGAGACAUUCCUCAUCAUUUUUAGUAUUUAUCGUCUACCAUUUUAUGAAAUGUUUUUCAUUUGUUUUCUAGCUUCCCCUGUGAGCUGAAAGCAAGAUUAAAAUGUGGAUCAGGGCUGAGAUUUCUCAAGUCUGGUUUAAGAGUUUUAACUGGUUUCUCUGAUUCUUGUUUCAUUUAUUACAUUUUUUGAUGUUUUGAAAUGUAAUUCUAGCAGAGUACAUGGAAACUUUUCAAAUUAAACCUUUUGUAUACAAACUGA